AUGGCGGCCUCUGUUUCACCGCUACGCUCCUCCUUCAGGAUUUGUAGCCCGUUAACGUUACACCACCACUGCUGCCGGGCCAAACUGCGGAUGCACAGAAAAUGCGACAGUCAAAGGAGACAUCUACACCAGUCGGCGACGAGGCACACCGCUGUGGUGAUUUCAGGGACGGAGUUGGCUCGUCAGAUCCACAGAGAAAUCCAGCGUGAUGUGGAAGAGCUAGUAGCUCAGGGCAACAUGAGACCCCACUUAGGAGUGGUCUUAGUGGGGGAUGACCCAGCCAGCCGUACCUAUGUUAAGAACAAGACCCGGGCAGCCAGCAUCCUGGGUAUUUCAAGUGACACAGUGGUGCGGCCUAGUUCGGUCUCCCAGGAGGAGCUGCUGGAUCUGAUUGACAAGAUGAACCGUGACUGGAGGGUCAGCGGCCUGUUGGUGCAGCUGCCACUUCCUGAACACAUCAAUGAGCGAGCAGUAUGUAAUGCCAUCGCUCCAGAGAAGGACGUAGAUGGCUUCCAUAUUGUGAAUAUCGGUAAGAUGUGUCUGGACCAGAGAUCCAUGGUGCCUGCCACACCUGCAGCUGUCUGGGAGAUCAUCAAAAGAGCAGGUAUUGAGACAGUGGGAAAGAAUGUGCUGGUUGCCGGUCGCUCCAAAAAUGUUGGAAUGCCCAUCGCAAUGUUGCUGCACACUGAUCGCAACCAUGAACGCCCGGGGGGUGAUGCCACAGUGACCAUUGCCCACAGAUGUACACCGAAGGAACAGCUGAAGGAGUUAACCAGCCUGGCUGACAUCAUUAUUGCAGCUGCAGGUGUUCCCAGGCUGAUCACAGCAGAUAUGGUGAAAGAGGGCGCAGCAGUCAUCGAUGUGGGCAUAAACCGCAUCCAGGACCCAAAAACGGGGAAAAUGCGGCUCAUCGGUGACGUGGACUUUGAGGGCGUGAAGGAGAAGGCCGGUUUCAUCACACCUGUUCCCGGAGGUGUGGGUCCGAUGACAGUCGCCAUGCUGAUGAAGAACACUGUGACUGCUGCCAGAAACGCACUGAUGCAUUAAACACACACAUUAUGAAGCUAUUUGUUUGAUUGAAUGAUAUACAGGACAAACAGCAUAUACAUACAUACACACACAUGCAUACAUCAGUUGAUUUAGGUUUACACGCACGCACACACACACACUUAGCCAAGCAUUUGACACACUUUUAUUUAAAAAUCCAUGGGCUCAAGACUCCAUACCUGCUGGGAAACUUACUUGAUAUGUACUUUGUUUAU